CGGUACCGGGCCAGCGUUACCAGCGCGCCCGCGCCUCGCGUCUUCUUGCAGAGGGUGCACGUCCUGCCCCAGACCGUGCUCUACAUCGCCGACGCGGAGACGUUCAGCGGGCACGAGGAGUGCCACGAGCACAAGAAAGCCAGAAAAAGAAACAGUAAAGAAACAGCUGUUGCCAUUGAGAAACUGUUGCCAAAGCGAUGUCAGGUCCUUGGACUGCUCACCCCUGGGAUCGUAGUUACCCCUAUGGGUUCAAGCAGCAAUCAACCUCAAGAAAUUGAAGAUGGUGAAGCGGGGUUUGCUCUUUUGUUUCCCAAAAUUGAUGGGGUUAAAAUCCAAACCUUCCAUUUUCCUAAAGAAGUAAAGAAUAGAGUCAUUGACGAAAACAAAUUUGCCGAAGCAGGCCUGAAGAAUAAUCCAGAUCUUCGUGUGGUUCUUUUGUUCGGCUACAACUCCUGGAAGUCUGGAGCUACUCGUUUUCUUCAUCAAAUAGUCAAUCCUUUGAAUGAAAAAAGUAUCAUCCUAGCCGGGGGACAAGUAGAGAGCUUUACAUCACUGAUCUCUGAGAAUAAUAACGCCCAGCCCAGUGAUGCCUGUGGGGUGGUCGGGCUGGCUUUCAGCGGUCCCCAGAUUCAGAGUGCCACAGUUCUGUUAGACCAGGACGUCGCUGAUGAGAGGACAGCAGAAGCCGCCAUGCAGCGUCUGAAAGCAGCAAACAUCCCUGAGUGUAACACCAUUGGCUUCAUGUUUGCGUGUGUUGGCCGAGGAUAUCGGCAUUACAAAACCAAACGGAACAUGGAGGCGGAUGCCUUUAGGAAGUUUUUUCCAAAUGUUCCCCUAUUUGGCUUUUUUGGACAUGGAGAAAUAGGAUGUGACCGGAUAGUUACUGGGAAUUUCGUAUUGAGGGAAUGCAAUGAUGUAAAGGAUGACCUGCUUCAUGGUUACACUACUGUUAUGACUCUCAUUCAUCUUGGUUCAACUAAAGCAAACCAGGUGUGAAUGUGUCUGCGACGCAUCGGUGAGCUGCUUCGUCCUGAAGAGCCAAUCCUGCGGUCAGAGCACUUCCCAAAGCAUAAACACCACUUUCCUAUCAAAUCCUGUAGUUGGAACAGUUGAAUGUAAUAACUAUGAGGAAGCCUUGCCUUUCGUGUAACCUCCUGCACAUGCUGAAAUUGCAGGGAAAUGAUAUUGAAUGGAGUUCUGCAAUCGAAGAAGGCCUUUUUUAUUUCUAAAAUGAGAACAGUUUGCACAAGUGGCAGUCAGAGGCCAAGCAAUCACCAUGUAGAAACAAUACUUUGAUGUGCUCUAUUUAUGUAUGCAAAACAGUCCAGAAGAACUACUGGCGUGUGCUGAAAUAUCAGUGCAGGAAAUCCACCAUUUUGUGGGUUUAAGAGUGAUGCACAGCCUGCCCAGACUUGGGUCCUAUUUACAGAACUGAAUCUUUAGGGAAAAAAAACAAAACAAAACAAACAAAAAACAAACAAACAAAAAAAAACCAAAGUGCUCAUUAAAUAAAGACAACGUUAUGUAAUUGCACCUGGCCUUCUGUUCUUGGAGAAAAAAGCUCUGAUCUGGUGAGGUGCUCUCAGCUUUGAAGCUCGACUCAAUUCAUUAUCUUGAACUACAUUUCAGUCAUCUUAAAUAUUUGAUUUAGAACAAUACCUGAUACGUUGUGUCUACCAGCACUCUUAGCCUUUGUGUACAAAAGUUUACACAGUCAGAGUGGACUGCUUAGCCUUCCUUUUAGAUUCUCUUGUAGCACAAUCUUCCCUGUUACAAACUUUUAAAUCCACUGUAACAAAAAAAAAAAA